AUGGGCCGCAUCACAGAGGUCCACUCCAACAAGGAAGGUGUCGUACGUGAGGUCGAGCUUAUCUUGCCGAACAAACGACUCACACGGCGCCCGAUCAACCUGCUCGUUCCGCUAGAGUUAGACGAUCAGCAAAGAGAACUCGACAACGGAACCGGAAUAGUACCACCCAGCUCCACGUCGGCGAAUGACGUUGGACCAGAAGUGGAAACACCUCCGGAAGUCGCAUCUCAGACAAGCGCUGAGCAGCAAGACGCUCGAGAAAAGGAGAUGACUCCCCGGAUGAAGUCGUACGAAUUAUGUUCUGAAGGAUCCUGCAUCACCCGUGACAACCCACCGGAGUCAGAACUAAUAAGGCUUCCUCCAGAGAUCACCCUCCAUGAACAUAAAGUCCACUGGAAAGUGACCAACGGAACGAAAAUGAAGACUGUGGAAACGACCUGUCCAGCUAUGCCGUUCUGCCCGCAAGUGGACUGCUGGUUUUGCACGGCAAAUGUCUUCAACCCUGCAUGCCAACCGCGUACCGCUUUCAUUAGCAUGGCGGUUCUGCUGUAUGCACUCAUAGCGUUCCUGUACACAUUAUGCUACGUACCAGUCGUGCUGGGUAAACCCGUCAGAAUAUUCUUCUGCGUCGCAAGAUGGAUCAUGAGAACAGCCAUCAGGGCAGCCGUAAAGUUCGUCCGUCAAAGACCAGCUCAAAGGACAUCGACAAGUCCACAAGCAAGACGGGCAUCAGCGUCACGAUCAACAGGAUUUGUACCGAUUCUCCUCAUUGUCACUUGUGCACUCCAGUGUACAAGAGCAUGCCAAGAUGUCGACAUAUUCGAGCACAGAAUGACCACCUGCACGAAGUCUGCAUCACACCGGCAAAACUGCACGGUCGACGUCACAGAGAUCGUGAAGCUCAACACGUUCAACAAGGAAGCGUGCUUCCGCAUUACGAACAAACCGCCAGGACAGGACGUAGCUCUGUGGGAUGAAAGUCAGCUGCCGCCACUACAGUGCACUUCGAACAGGGAGGCGGAAGCUCUGGCAUGUGACGUUCACCCCAUCUGCAACUGCCAACCAGCAGAAGACACUGUCAAUUGCGUCUGUGUCGACCAUAACGUCACUGAAAUCUUCACUGAUGUACGGCGAAGACUUCCCAUACGAAGAUCAUGGAUUCGCUUUCGAGAGUAUGGCCAACGGGCCACAAGAUGCUACAGUCCGCGCAAUCGUGUCCAGUCUGUCCACGGCAGAACUUCUUCUGACCAUCAAGGAAGAUUUCGAUACCACCGAGAAGGAAGUCACAGACACGAUAUGCACGAUCAAGGACUCCACUAUUCAUGGCUGUUAUAUCACUGUACACAGGGCGCAGUGGCCACCAUACUGUGUUACAGCGAAAGAGAGUACACGAUGGCAUCGAUAACCUGCGACGACGCCACCUUCACAGUGCCGUGUCAUCCAACAGGAGCAAUCUCGACGCUCCGAUUCAGCUUUACACGAGCACAGAUACGUCAACAAUGUGUGACUACGUGUGGAACCACCAAAACGACGUUCGAGCUCACUGGGAUUCUUUAUUGGACCCGAACGCUACGUACGACAGCAGAAAGAGUGAUCGCUGGACAGAGCACGGUCUACGAAUUCGUACUGCCAGAUUUAGGACAUAUUCUGGACGUGUUCAUAUCCUGUUCAGCAACGUUCACAAUGGGCAAAGGAAAAGAGUCGUCUGGCAAGUCAGCAGCCGAACUAAAGAAGCCACCACCACCUCCAAAACCUUCGUCAUCGACAGCAAGUGACAAGUCGUCCACUCCACGUACGACGACUAUGACAGAAGCGCCAAGCAAGAAAGUUCAUGACGAACGUCAAGAAAACAUGGAGAAGGCCUACAAUAAGAUACUCAAGGGCGGAUGGUCGCUCAUUGGCCUCGCAUUUGACGAGUACGACAAGAUCCAGAAAGAGGUAGCCGGACUGCGUCAGGAGACACAUGCGAACACCAUAUCCCUCUUCUCCGAAGUGGCAGCGAUACGUUCAUCAGGAUCACUCGAGGUAAGACGAUCGCCACAGGCUGAUGAUCACCGCAGCAGCCACCGGGACACAUCUCGCAGCAGACGGCCAGAAGAACCAACAGUUCGUUCCACAGUCAGACGCGUGCCCACCCCGAACAGGGACGAUACUCGUACUCUACAGCAGAUUCGUAACGAUAUCCGCGACACGGACGAUAAACUGCGACGUCUGAAACGACAAAUGGAACACACACUGCGAGAAAACGAGCCCGACUCAACUGAUCGUCUCCACGACAUGAACGAGGACAAGAAGAAACUCAUCGCACAAAAGGAACGUCUCGAGUCCAUGGAACGACGACUGGCACACGACACGCGCCAUCAGGAAUCUCGUCAUGGACGGUCACCACCAGGUAAACGAAGCCGCACGGAUUCCCGCGGACAUCAGUAA